CAAAAAUCAAAUUCUUCGCCAGGACAAGCACCACCUCGCCUAAAAAUGGCGAGAAAAAGCAUGGUAGAAGUACCGAUAGAAAAGACGAUGGAAGAAAAAAUAGCCUUCGAGAAUCUCUUCGUACUGGAAUUCGCCGUCGAUAAACUAACUAUAUUCCCUCACUGCGACUGCGAAGUACCCUCAGCCGUGACCUACGUGCAAUUCGAGGUAUCCUGCGAGGAGCCCGUCGACUACUGCGAGACCCGCUUCACCUGCAACAACACCGCCGGCAACAAAACCUGGAUGCAAAUCAACUUCUCCCUGUCGGAGAGCCAGAUCAAAGACCGCAUGCAGACGUUCGAUGUCUACGUGAUGGCCUACAAGAAGAUGCCGCUGGGCUGGAACGUCCCCCGGGCGGAGAUCGGCAUGGCCAGGGUGUCCAUACUGAAGCCCUUCUGCGAGCUGAUCAAUUGCUUGGUGAGCUCGCCCAACAGGCAGGGCAUUCCGACCCCCAAGUGCCUGUGCAAAGAGUACACCCUGGAGAAGAUGGCCGGCGAUCCCAUCGCGAAGAUACAGCUGUCUUUGAAGCUGUCCAGCUUCUACAAGUGCAGACCCGACAUGAUUUUCAAACCCAAAGAGGACCCCAACGAUCCGAAGAACAAGAAACCUAAGGGGAAAAAGUAAGGAGUUUUAUUGUCC